AUGAAUGAUAUUAAUCAUUUUAAGAUUCCUAUUUAUGACUUUCCGGUUGGAAUAAAUGAUGAUGUUGAGACAGUUCAGGAGUGCAGAGCAUUACAAGCAAUGAUUCCGUUUGCUGUUGUGGGCCGUGAAAAAGUUUUCUUCUGCGAGAAUGAACAUGAAUAUGUUCAUGGCCGUGAAUAUCCAUGGGGUUUCGUUAGAAUUGAUGACCCUGACCAGUCUGACUUUGCCGCUCUGCGAUCAGUAUUAUUUGGCUCUCACCUAACUGAAUUCAGAGAACUCACGCACGACAGAUUAUAUGAAAAAUAUCGUACUGAGAAACUGCAGUUAGUCGGAACCAGAGGCGCUGUUCCCUCAUCCCCUGGAAUAGACACAAAUAUUCUCCUCAACGGAGUGACUGGGUCUACGCAUACGCUAGGAGAUUUAGUAAAAGACAGAGAAUUAGAUGAUAAUAGUCAACUACAGAGGUUUCAGCGUGAUUCUGACGACAAAACCCCCACAAUGGUUUAA